UCACGUCCCUGAACCGCAUAUUGAACAGGUGUGUUGGGCGAGGGCUACCGCAAAUAUUGCGCGUUUUAAAUACAAUUUUAACUAGCCUAUAUAAUAGUUUUAGAAAUGUUUCGAUGUUUUGACGUUUUAACAUCCCUGCAGGCAUGUAUCGCGGCUGUGCAGACGUGCGUGAAUCUGCGAAAUGAAGAGAAAAGAUCCUGCAAUCAGCAGCAUGCUCGAAUUGAGCGUGAGACGCACGUGCACAGAGUCCUCAUACUGGGUACUCCAGAGAGCGGCAAAAGCACAUUAAUCAAACAGAUGAAGAUCAUCUACAGCCAUGGCUUUACAAAACAAGAACUCAUCAGCUUCAAGCCUGCUGUGUUGGAUAACCUGCUGACAAAUAUGAAGUUUGUGCUGCAUGGCAUGGGAAUGCUGCGCAUUAAUUUGUCAAACAAGAAAAACAAGGCCCAUGCACGUGCCAUAUUGUCAUGUAAGUGUUGUGUAGGAGAGGAUAUGGAGCUGCUGCCAUUUGUGGCUCAUUCAUUCUGCAGUCUGUGGGGGGAUCUGGGCAUCAGGGCGGCAGUGGCCAGAGGCCACGAAUUCCAGCUCAAUGAUUCUGCACUAUAUUUUUUUGAGAACAUAAGUCGCAUCAUCGCACCAAACUACAUCCCCACUAAAACAGAUGUCCUCAGAGUGCGAGUAAGGACUCAUGGUGUCAUCGAAACCCAGUUCAAAGUCAACAACUCGCUGUACAGGCUAUAUGAUGUGGGUGGUCAUUGUUCAGAAAGAAAGAAGUGGUACAGUUAUUUCGACAAUGUCCAGGCAGUGCUGUUUAUGGUGGCUCUUAGUGGGUAUGAUCAAAACCUUGAUGAAAAUCAUUCCAAGAACCGUCUCCAUGAAAGCCUGGAGUACUUCAGAUCCACAUGUAACAGUGUGUUUUUCAGAGGAGCUUCUCUGGUUUUAUUUAUGAACAAAAUUGAUCUGUUUGCUGAGAAAAUACUGUAUUCUGGGAGACACCUGCGACUUUAUCAACCAGACUUCAAAGGGUCUGACUGUGAUGUGAGUUGUGCUGCUCAAUAUGUGACUGACCAGUUUGUGGCAUGCGCUACCACCUCAGGCAAGAUGGUGUACUCUCACUUCACCAAUGCCACAGACCCCUCCAGCGUACAUUAUGCCUUCCAGCUCACCAUGAGCACUAUUGUUAAACAUAACCUUCAAACAAUCUCACUUCUCUAAUUUUUUUUAUAUUCCCUUUUUUUUUUUUUUUUUUUUUUUUAUUUUUAACAAAAUUGCUUUUGUAAUGGAUCAUGAAAUCCAUAUAUAAAUGCAAUAUUUUU